AAUGUCCCUAAUGUCAUGGUUCUUAUGUCUCUUCAUGCAGGAACCAGCCUGCUGCAGGAAGUUGUGUUUCUAGUGAGUCAAGGAGCAGAUCCUGAUGAGAUUGGCCUUAUGAACAUCGAUGAGCAGCUACCUGUCAUAGAAUACCCUCAGCCUGGACUGGAUGUCAUACAGGAGCUGACCUCCCCUCGCUUGAUAAAAAGCCAUCUUCCCUACCAAUUUCUCCCUACAGCUAUGCACAAUGGAGAGGCCAAGGUUAUCUACAUGGCCAGGAACCCUAAAGACCUGGUGGUGUCCUACUAUCAGUUCCACCGCUCUCUCAGGACCAUGAGCUACCGUGGAACUUUUCAGGAAUUCUGUCGGCGCUUCAUGAGUGAUAAAUUGGCUUAUGGUUCCUGGUUUGAACAUGUUCAGGAAUUUUGGGAGCAUCGUUUGGACUCCAAUGUCCUCUUCCUGAAAUAUGAAGACAUGUUCAAGGACCUGGGGACGAUGGUGGAGCAUCUGGCCCGGUUCCUCGGUGUUUCUUGUGAUAAAACUCAGCUGGAAGUUCUGGUGGAAAACUGCAACCAACUGAUUGAGCAAUGCUGCAAAUCUGAGGCGCUGUCUAUCUCUAGCUGUCGUGUAGGUGUGUGGAGGGACGUCUUCACUGUGUCCAUGAAUGAGACAUUUGAUGCUUAUUACAGACAGAAGAUGGCCAAAUCUGACCUAAGCUUUGACUUCUACCUGUGAGGACAGCUGUACCUCUCUCACCAAAGACUCUCACUCCCCUAAUACCCAAAGACUCUCACUCCCCUAAUACCACUGAAGUGAUCACUCAAGUGAUCAUAUCUUGAAGAAAUUCAUGCUUCUGCAUCUCCAUCAGCUCAAUCAAUCUGAAGUUUAACUGUCUGAGAGUAGAUUGACCUUCUAAAAAGGUUCCACAGAAAUCACACUUGGAACCAAACAGAAAUCACUGUGUAACUUCUAAAAUAUCAAUGAUCAGUAGGCCUGUCACAAUAACAAAUUUAGCUGAGCAAUUUAUUGUGUAAAAAAAUAAUUGCGAUUAAACGAUAAUAUUG